CAGGAUCUUAAUCCUCCCCCUUCUGGUUCCUCUAAUUCAGCAGCGCUUAGGCAGUCGAUUCCAGUAGGUCUUGAGGCUAGCCAUCCGAUCGACGUCUUUCCAUCUCUCUAUAUCUAGCUAUCUAUUAAGUACGUGGGUAGCGUUGGACGGAUAUUCGGCACUAAGGAGCUCUCAGAGCGUUGGUGUCCCUGAAGAGGACCUCUUUGAACCAUCUUUGGGGCCAACGAUCGGUUUGCAUUUCGGAAUUGAAGGAUUAGAAACCCCAAGGUUGAGUGGCGAGACCCUUUCACGAGUGAGGUUUGAUUUUCGUCCUCGCCAUUCAGGGCUUUGAAUCGCGUCCGGCCACGCCACCUGGUCGUUCGGUCUGGGUUUGCGGGUUUGCGUGUGUGUGUGUGAGAUAGUCGAGCAUCAAGAGCCCGCCGAUCCUGACCUCAACGGCCACUUUUCGACAAGUGGUCUCGCCGCUUUGGACGAAGAAAUUCUUGUCUCGAUCGGUCGGCGCCACGGUGUCGGUGUUGAGGAAAAUGCCUUUGGCCAGCCGUGCACGUGUGUAUCCGGAUGUGAACUCUCAUCGUCCGCGAGAGUAUUGGGACUACGAGAGCCACGUGGUCGAGUGGGGCAAUCAGGACGAUUUCCAGCUGGUGCGCAAACUUGGACGCGGCAAGUACAGCGAGGUGUUCGAGUCGAUUAACGUGACCAACAACGAAAAGUGCGUGGUCAAGACGCUGAAGCCCGUGAAGAAGAAGAAAAUCAAGCGCGAGAUCAAGAUCCUGGAGAACCUUCGGGGCGGCACCAACAUCAUCACCCUCCAAGGGGUCGUCAAAGAUCCCGUGUCGCGCACACCCGCCCUGAUCUUUGAGCACGUGAAUAACACGGACUUCAAGCAGCUCUACCAGACCCUCACCGACUACGACAUCCGAUACUACUUGUACGAGCUUCUCAAGGCCCUCGACUACUGUCACAGUAUGGGUAUCAUGCAUCGGGACGUCAAGCCGCACAACGUCAUGAUUGACCACGAGAAUCGAAAACUCCGCCUCAUCGAUUGGGGGCUGGCCGAGUUCUAUCAUCCCGGGCAAGAGUACAACGUCCGUGUGGCCUCCAGAUACUUCAAGGGGCCCGAACUCCUCGUUGACUACCAGAUGUACGACUAUUCACUCGAUAUGUGGUCGCUAGGGUGCAUGCUAGCUAGUAUGAUCUUCCGGAAAGAGCCCUUCUUUCACGGACACGACAACUAUGACCAACUGGUUCGUAUAGCCAAGGUCCUGGGAACUGAGGACCUCUUCGAAUAUCUGGACAAAUACCAGAUUGAACUGGACCCCCGGUUCUCGGACAUCUUGGGACGCCACUCGCGGAAACGAUGGGAACGAUUCGUUCACAGUGAGAACCAGCACCUCGUCUCGCCCGAGGCCCUCGACUUCUUGGACAAACUCCUGCGUUACGACCAUCAGGCUAGACUGACGGCCAUGGAGGCCAUGGAACACACCUAUUUUUUCGCCAUCGUGAAGGAUCAGGGUCGGAUGAACACCAUGGGCGGAUCACCUACCGGUCUCUCGGGCACGAGUAAUUCCAUCGCCAACAGCUCUCCCAUUCUAUCCCCCGGAGCUACACCCCUCCCCAAUUCGCAAGGGGGUCCAUAGUAAAACCCAUUCUAGAGUAACGACAAAUCACCCCUCCCCUUCCUUACCUUUCGCCCCACCCCUCUCUCCUUUCCCUUGGCCAGACGUCAGAAAGAAGGUUGAAAAAAAAUCAUGAUCACCGAAACGUUUGGAGGUACUGAAUGAAUGAUGAGCGCCACUUCUGCCACAGUGAAUGAUGAAUUUUUGGAUAAGAUGAUCAAACUCAUCCUUAACUUAAACGAAGGGAUUUCAGUCCUGCCUCGGAACGAAUAUAGAAAAAAUGUGGUCAACAAUUUGAUUCGCCAGAAUUCACACACACACACACACCGGCACCUUUCUGAUUUAAGCCCUGAUUCUUAGCGUACUAGUGGGAAGGCCACUAUUCACGUGCGGGUGUGACGAAAUAAAACGUAUCUUUUGCCAAUUGUC